AUGGCGGCGCAUGCGACAGCUUCCGCAGAUUUUAUCGGCUUGCCUUGUGCGACUUUUUACAAAGCAAAGUCGCAUCAUGCAACCAAAGAAACAGCCGACAGACUACUAGAGAAGGUUGCUUCCGGGAAUGUGUCUGACAUCGGUGAAAGCGACGAUGAAGACGACAUUCCACAGGAAGAUGUUCCGCGGGAAAAUUGUGACACGCCGAGUUCCACUAAAGGCGAAGACGGGGGCGACAGGUCUCCAUUGAAAGAAAUACGUGUUGAAGACAACGUACCGAAGAACUUUCUGUGGAAAAAGAAAGUUUACGCGCCCCCAUCAGACAUCGACUUCAGCGGUCCCAACGAGUGCCCACCGGAGGCGGAUGAAACUUGUGCGCCAUACACGUACUUUUCGAGGUACGUACCCGAGUCCAUUUUCAGAGUAAUAACAGAAAACACGAAUCAAUAUAGUGUGAACACUCUGCAUAAUGUGAAUACCACAACCACUGAAAUGAGAAAGCUGUUCUGUAUGCAUAUCCUGAUGGGCGUCGUUCACUUACCUCGGGUAAGGCUGUAUUGGAACCCAAUGAUGAAGGUUUCUCUCAUCAGCGAAACUAUGACGGAGAAGCGCUUUUUAAAGCUUCGAAAUAAUCUUCACAUUGUUCUAGAACAUUCUGGAUUUGACAGUGAAGAUCGCCUGCCGAAAGUGCGUCCAUUUCUGGAGCUCAUACGAAACCGAUGCUUGGAGCUGGCUCUUGAACAGGAAUGCUCAGUCGACGAGCAAAUUAUCCCUUUUAAAGGCCAGCUUUCCACAAAGCAGUAUGUGAAAGGCAACCCAUCUCCCUGGGGCAUAAAAGUGUUUGAUCUGUGUGGUAGCAGUGGUUUACUCUACGACUUUGCAAUAUACCAGGGGGAAAACACGAUUCCCGCCGACCUGAAUAAAGAAUACGGUCUUUGUUUGGUGUUGUCUUGCAUCUAUCUAAAAGAAUUUUUUUAUGGAUGCAAUUACCAACUUUACUUUGAUGACUACUUUACAUCAGUGCCUCUCCUUCGCCAGCUACGAAAGCACAUAAUUUUGGCAGCUGGAACUGUGCGAAAAAACAGGCUGGGAAAGUGCCCUCUUGAAUCCAAAAAGGUGAUCAACAAAAAGCCGCGGGGAUACUCUGCUGAAUACGUCACAAGUGAUGAUGUUGUAGUAGUGGUCUGGAAAGACAACAAUGAUGUGUCGGACGCGUCCAACUUUAAUGGCAUUGGUAAUAAAGAGGAUGUCAGGAG